AUGAGUCGUAAAGGAGCUCCCACAUCUCAAGAGGGCGAGAGCAUCUACCGCAUCCCACCAUAUUACUACAUUCAUGUCUUGGACCAGAACACCAAUGUCACCAAGGUUGAAGUUGGACCAAAGACCUUCAUACGGCAGGACAAUGAAAAGGUAACAAUACUGACACUCGGUCUUUUUACAUGUUCUGGUACUUUUGUAGACAAUAUCUCUCAACCAAACGGCCUACAAGAAUUUCUAUGGUUAGUGCUAAAGAUUGUCCAGAAUAGCUCCUUUUUUUAGGUCUAUUAUUGGUGAAGGUGCAUCUCUCUGUCAUGGACAGGACACUGUCUUGAUUCCGAAGAUAAGAAACCUCUCACCCCAUACCUAUUCCCGAAAAUCAAAAUAUGUCAACUUUGUACAUGAAAUGCAAAUUCAUAUGUCUAUUCAUCUGGCCCCAGUUUUUAAAAGCUGGAUAGUGCUAUCCACUGGAUAAAUCUCUAUCCACUGGAUAGCGCAAUUGGUUUCCCUAAUACUCAUCAUUAUCUGGUGGAUAGUGCUAUCCAUUGUUUGAACAACCAGGGCCUGGUGUCUUGAUAUUUAUAGAGAAAUUAAAUUUACUGUGCAAUAUAAAGUGUGUGCUUUAAUUUAUAUCUUUACCUUUUUUAGGCCUGUACUGUAAACUCAAUCAUUUCAAGGGGGCAAACUACACUUAACUUUGGAAUAAAAUUAGAGAGAAUCAUGAUUUUGUCUGCAAAGUCAGAAAAACAAAUAUGACAUUAAUUUUUUCUAUUAAGAGUUCUGUAUAAUAAGGGUUAAGCCAUUGGGCCUUAUUACAGAGCAUUUCCAAAAUAAAACUAUUUUCCACAUAUUUUUGCAGGUCAUUCUUGGCCCUGAUAAAAUGAUCACAGUUCCUCCUCGUCAUUAUUGUGUGGUUGAGAAUCCAGUGCUGAGAGACAAAGAUGAUCGUGUGGUGGUUGACAUCAAUGGACAAAUUAAGCUUGCUCAUGCAGAUCAGGUGAUUAUCAACAACAAUAGCCACAUUACACUCUGUUAUUCAUGAGAUUUUACAUUUGUUCUUCAUAAUAAAGCACUUACCAUCUCUGGCUUUGCUAAUCAAAUAGAUAUUAGUACCAACUAGUAAAAAUCUGUAAUUCAUAAACUUUACUUAGGGCCUCAGUUUACAUGGAGGUGGGGGACCCCAGGUAGGUGAGGUAACUCGCGGCGGGUCACCCCACCUAUCAUGUACAUGUGAUCAAAUUAUUACGAGGGAUUAUAUGGACAGGUAGGUUACCCCACCUAAGCAGGUAACUGCACCUACCUGGGGUCCGCCACUUCCAUGUAAACAGGUCCUUAGAAUCUGUCAUGAUUAAGAUGGUAUUAAAGAAUUGUUAUACGUGUUGUAAGAUGCACUUCAUAUCUUCCCUCUUUGACUGGUUAUGUUGUGUUGUAGGAUAUUCGCCUGGCUCAAGACCCAUUUCCUUUAUAUCCUGGAGAAGUGUUGAAACUAGGUGUCACAUCCUUGAAGGUUGUAAUGGCUAACUCUGCAAUCAGACUUAGAGCUAUGCUGGAUUAUGAGUCUGAAUCUGGAGAGAAAAGAAUUGCAGGUGAUGAAUGGCUGUUUGAGGGACCAGGUAGGUUAUAAAUUUCAUAAUUGUUUUUAUUGAAGUAUUUCUUUUUUGGGGGGAAGGAGGGGGGGGGGGUAAAUUUGCAAAGGAAACCUCUAAAAGAAAAUAAUUUCCUACGUAGUCUGUUAGAGAAUAGUGUAAAAGUACUUGUUUACACACUUAAAAAGGUUAAUAAAAAUUGUUGACCCAAGAUCGAGUGUCAUAAGAAUUUGAAGUGUCUAAAUAGGUACUUGUGGUCAAUUUUUUAUCGGUAGGUUAUUAUUGCCUUGUCAUUACAAAACUCAGCUUUUAUCCAGCAGCCCACUAUCCCCCGCCCCACUAAAAAAUUAGUAAACCUGCCAAGUUAUUUGUAAAUACAUAGAACUUUAAUGAUGGUGACUGUGGGCACAGGGAACCCAAUAAUGUAAUGCCAUUGUGUGUUUUACCAUUUGCAGGGACUUAUAUCCCAAAGAAAGAAGUUGAGGUAGUUGAAACAAUCCGAGCCACAAUUAUUCAACCAAAUCAAGCCAUCAGAUUAAGAGCAAGAAAAGAAACAAAGGUAGUCAUGUUUUAUGCUGAGUUUUAGACUCAAAGAAUUGAGUAUAUUUUUUUUCAUAUAAUCUUGGGUGACCUGUGCUGCCAUAACCAAGCAGUGACCUUUUUGUUGUUGGUGCACCUUUUCAGUGCCAUCUUGAAUUCUGUCAUACGUGGAGACAAUAUCAUUAUUUUGGCACCCACAUCCCACCAUCUAUACAUGCAUAUCCUUUGUUUGUCACAUGGAGUGCAAAGGUUUGCCCCAAAAAAGAAGCGUCAUGACAUUCGCUUUAUUCUUUACACACCAUAACAUUAUUAGCUACAAUAUUCUAAAGUAAUUAAUGCAUUUAAAUGCAGUUUAAAGGAGUUAAGAACUAAGAGCCCCUUAAGUGCCUGGGGUCAGCGGUCUUUUGACAUGUGCAUGCUCAGUAGCUCACUACAUCGAUCAUGUGAUUCACUGGCACGUUCAGUCCUUGGUGCUGGUUUUUUUUCAGCUCAUGAGGUUCUUUUUGCCAUUUGCUUUCCGCUUCUCCUAAGCUUUGUUUUUUAGUCGUUGUUGCUGUUUUCUUUUUUUUUCCACUGUUGUUUUCCAGUGUGAUGUAUGCCUGUUCCUUCCUUUUGUGUCGUGGCUCGAGGCUAGGUUGCGCUGUUGUCUCAGUCAUGGGGGCAUUAUUUCAAUCUAGUGGCUGGCUGCUAAUAAUGGAAGCCCCUGGAUACUCCAAGCACCCAACCUCCAUUUUAGCGAUGCCGUUGUCAAUUAAAUUAAAAUUGCAUUUCAUUCUCAGUAUCUUUAACAUCACAGUUAAUGUCAAAACACAAAGACCGGGUUUGUUAGUCAGAUGACUGUUUCAAGCUGCGGACUUAAAAUGAGGACUCUUUGCGUUUACCUCUUUUAAGAGCCCUUUGCCAGCAGGUACUUGCUGUUUGGGUAAAGUUAGAGAUAUUUAAGGUUACAUACAACAUCCAGUAAUCAGACUGUGUUGUGAUAAUUCAUGAGUACUGUUUUCGUAUUGUUUAUUAGGAUCGUGAUGGUAACCUUCGAGUCGCUGGUGAAGAGUGGUUGGUUAAAAAGAUUGGUGCUUACCUUCCAGGUGCUUAUGAGGAAGUGGUGGAUGUGGUUGAUGCCUAUGUAUUGACUGAAAAAGUGAGUUGUAAGGCUGUGUCAUCAAUUAUUAUUGAUAGCCCGGAGAAAACGGCCAACAUCUUGCGACUCCACAGAAUCAAUGACAUCUGAGAAAUGACUGCUGAAAUUCCGUACUGGUGACAUGUCACUAUACUCAGGUCUGCAUAGUGCUUUUGCUUGGUUGUACUGCUAGCAAAAUUUUCUUGAACCAAUCAGAAGCACCCUUUGCCUGGAAUAAAGCCCCAAGUGACUUUUGAUAAACUGCAAGAUUCUCCUUUCCAUUUUUUUUGUUUAUGACUUUGAAUCUAAAGAAGGGCUUUAUAAAGGAGCAUUUGACGCACACCUUGUUUGGAACCAUAUUUCCCUCACUAUUCUCUUGAUAUUUCUUAACAAGCUCACAAGAAUAAUUUGAUUUUUGGUGAUAAUUUUCUAUAUUCUUGUGGCUGUUAUGUUUUAUUACUGGUUAGUAUAUUAUAAGGAGACUGAUAUUCCCAUCAAUUCUGGUCAGCUAGCACCUGAUUUUAUCAGUCAAGUCAUCUAACAGCCAAAAAACUAUUUCCAUUUCAGAAAGCCCUGCAUUUGCGCUCCACGCGGACAUUUAAAGAUGACAAAGGUGUUGUGCGCAAAAAUGGAGAGGAGUGGCUGAUCACGAUGGCAGACACUGAGGCUCACAUUCCCAAUGUGUAUGAAGAGGUAUAAGAUUCAUUUGCUAUUGCAUUCUCACAGUUUCUUGAGGCAAGAAAUUUCAAUCAAUUGCUUCAUUACAUCCGUUGACCGUCUUUACCUAAGAAUAUAAAAUUAAUGGGUAUCAUUGUUAACUGCAUAGUCAGCUUAAGGGGUAGCUGUGUGAUCGGCAGUUAGCAUUCCAUCCAGAUCGGAGUGGCAACAACUCUACAAUAAUGAGGAACAAAAGUGUUUAGACACUUUUAAAAAAGACUCCUUUUUGCAUAGUGGACAUGUCUAUCCUCACCCCCUGUGUACUCCCACCCCCUUCUCCCAAAAUCAAUGUUGUAUUUAAGACCCUCACGUUUUUCUUUUCAGUACUACUAACAACAUUGAUACGGGGGUGGGGGAGUUACAGUGUUUAAACAGAAUUAAAUAAUAAAUAAAUGAAAUUGUUGAGAAAAGCGUGCACAAGUGUGUCAACUACUUUUGUCCCUGAUUGUAGGUGCUUUAUGCCAUACAGAAACUGGGUUAAGCUCCAGCUGUGCUGGCUUCCUUGACUCAUGCACACCCAUACCAGAACUGUACCUAACUGUAGUAUUACUUUUUCAAACUCUUACUGACAAACGAUAUAUUUCUGCUAAUAAAAUAUUUACCUUGCUACAGGUUGUUGGAGUUGUUGACAUCACAACAUUAAACAAUCGUCAAUACUGUGUCAUUCUUGAUCCAGUUGAUAAAGAUGGCAAACCACAGCUGGGCCAGAAGAGACUAGUCAAGGUAACAGUUGCUGAUUUUUUUUCUUAGUUUAGAGUCUUCAUGUUGUGCUCCAAGUAAAAUAACUUUAUUGUAGCGGGGUUAAUACUUGAAAACCUACAAAAUCCGGUGUGCCUAGUAUUGUCUUACUUUUUGUGGAUAUUUCCUUGCUGCCCAGAGGCAAACAAAAGUCACCAGGGGUUACUGGUCCCUCAGAACACACCCCAGGUUACAAUUUUGUUUUGUAUCUUUCUUCACAUAUUGUACAUACAUGGUGGUUGUCAACUACAUAAACACUCUUAACUUUCGAUUAUUAGCCCCCCAUUUACAGGCCCAUCUACUUGUAAACAAAAAAAUACAUGCAGUUAUAACCUCCACCUCCAGCUUGUACUGAAAUGAAUUCGACUUUUUACAAUGCCUUGAAGGUUAAAAAAGCGAUCAAAUUCUAAAAGUAUUUUGAUCAGCACUGAUAUGUAACUUUUGUUUUGAAAGACUUGUUUUGUUCUAAGAAGCUCACGGUGACAAAUACCUCCUUAAUGAGGGUCAAUUUUGCAUUCUCAAGAAGUGCCAUGGAAAAUUUGACUGCCUCAUUUAUAAAAUGCUACUCAUCAAAGAACUGAGGCCUAGCCUUAACACCUAUAGCAGUGCUAAACUCUUUGUUUAAGUUGUAACAUAUUUUUAUAUGUUACUUUCCUUUUAAUGAACUAUUGUUUUUCUUGUAUUUAUAGAACAUACAUUUUUUUUUUAUUUCUUUUUACUUGAUAAUGACCUCCAGUGAUGUCAAAACGUUGUGUAAUUUUAAACUUUUUUAAAAUUUCUUAAUUGUUUUUAAGAAAAGUUUCGUCGCAAUUUUUUAUAGCUAAAUUGAUUAUAAAGCCCCCUUCUAAAACCCCUUACGAAUUUGUUUAAGCCCAGGGCUCAUUUACAAUUGAAAAUUUACAGUAAGUUCAAUAGAUGUUAACUGUGUUUUGACCAAAGAAGUCCUUUUUCCUGUUUCCAGGAAAGAAACGUGAGAAAAGGAUUCCAGAUGUGUUCGCGUGCAACAAAAAAGAUUUCCUUGUCAGACAAAGGGAGUUAACAAAGUUUCCAAGGCCUACCAUGCCCAUUUGUAUACAGACCCAGUUAAUUUAUGAACACUUUGAGCACCGGCCUUCUGAAAUUGUGAAUAUUAUUACCUUCAAUACAAUCUAAUAAAAUUCAACCGUUUUUUUGGCAAAACAGGGAGAGAAGUCCUUUUUCCUGCUUCCAGGAGAGAAACUCGAGCAAGGCAUUCAAGACGUGUUUAUUCUUGGUGAAGAUGAGGGCUUGAUUUUGAAGGCAAAUGAAGGAUUUAUUGAUGUUGAUGAGAAGGAGGUAACAUAAAGUCUUGUUUUUUUUUUAUUGAAUUUCAGUUGUAUAUAUAUUUCUGAUUUUCACAUUAUUUUGUUCAGACAAAACCUGUGGCAUGCAACUAGGAGCUGGCUUUUUUUUGAAUACCAAUACAACAUGAAAUGGAAUGAGUUGCUUUUGAAUUAACAGUCUUAAAUAGAAAAGCAUAGAGAUUUUUCAUAAUCCAUAAGACAGAGCUUUUUCAGUACUCAUCAAGUUUUUUUUGUUGUUACAAAAUUGCUCAAAAUACUUUUUUAUGACCAUAAUUAAUGGAGAAAUAAUUAACUUUACUGUUUAUAGAAAGAAGUUCCAAGACGACCUGGCGAUCGCUGGAUGAUCCGUGGUCCUAGCGAGUAUGUCCCCCCUGUACAGGUUGAAGUUGUGUCACGCAGAAAAGCUAUUCCACUGGACGAAAAUGAAGGAAUCUAUGUUCGGGACAUCAAGACAGGGAGAGUGCGAGCAGUAUGUGGACAGACAUACAUGCUGACACAAGAUGAAGAACUUUGGGAGAAAGAACUGCCACCGACAGUGGAACAGCUUUUGGUCGGAGGAAAAGAUCCCCUGGCAGACAGAGGCACAAGAAAUGUUGUUGUACCACAAAUGAAAAGUAAGAAUAUUAGCUGUUAACCUUAUGUUCAUCAUAUGAGAAGUGUGAAAGUCCCCAGUGGGAUUCAACCCGUGAACUUCAGGUCUUGUUUGGGUGGAUGGUGCUCUAACCACUGAGCUAAAUUGAGAGACUAACACUGAUCUUGGCCAUUCACUUAUUUUUUAAAAAAAGUGUGAUUUUCAUCCGUUAUAAUAGUAGGAUCAGCCAUAUAAUAUAGUAAAAUAGUAAAUAAUAGCAAAUAGAGUAACUUGCAUGAUCGAGUCUCUUGAAAUGAUAUUAGAGCACCAGAGUAGUUUCCAAGACAUCAUGGGUUGAAAUCCCAUGGGAAACUUGCAUUUUUGUCUUUUUGGCCCACUCAUCAACUUGCGGAGCAUUUUAAUCUUCUUUCUCUAUUUUUAAAGUAGAUUAACAAAGGGCGUUUAAUUUUAAUACUUGCCUAGACUUUACUGGAUUACAGGCAAUGUCACGGCAGUGGGAUGAGUUCCAAGCUCAAGCAAUGAGUCAUACUACUUCAAGACAGCCAGGCCAACUAAGACGUACGUCAUAAUACCUUUUUGCAUUUACAAAAGUGCUUAUAAUCUUUGCGUGGAAAGCACACACAAUUUUCUUCGUUAAAUGUACGGCGUUUUUGUGCAGAAAACUAACAGAAUGGUGAUUAAUCAGGGGCGGAUCUAGGGGGCGGGUGCAGGGGGUGCGCACACCCCCCCCCCCCCGCGAUGGCCUGCGGUUUUCUAAUAACAAUUGUAUUCUGUAAACAAAAAAAAUAUGGGGUUUAGUAGUGUUGCAAUAGAGCAGGAGACGAGUGCCACNUCCUAAAAAAAAUCCUGGAUCCGCCCCUGUUAAUGUUUGACAAAAUUUUCUCAUGAGGAUUGAUGAAAAUAAACGCGUUUCCGGUAAUUUCAGAAGCUUUGAAUGUCAGAAUUUUCCGGGGGAACAUGCCCCCGGAUCACCUCAGACAAACUCGGGUCUUAGUCGUAAAUUUAGCCAGCGCUACGCGCGAACUAGCCCUACUAAUCCAAAAUAAGCUCCACGGUCCCUGAAUCAACCUGGUUUUCUAUAGGGGAACAGGGGUACGGAUGGGCUGGGGGCUCCACCCUAGCCUCCCUCGCAGCCGUUUUUGUCUCGUCACGCAACGCCCCUCUGGAGGAGCGUUGCGUGACGAGACAAAAACAGCUGCGAGGGAGACUAGCUCCACCCUAACGUUAUGUCUUUAUACCAUCAUAAAUAGCAUUGUAGCCCAGCAUUUGGGUUGCUUUAUUGGUCAAUCUUGUCGGCUUUGAGUUGUAUUGGAUGCUCAAGAAUGGGAUAUAAUUGUAGGAUUGGUGAAUGAUAAAAUCCGAGACUUGACAAUACCUUCGUUUGAAAAUCGGAGACCGCUAUGUGGCGAAAAGUUUCAUGAAGCAGAGAACUAAGGGAAGGAGCAAUGAAACACGAGACUUUAAGAAUCAUCAUAAAUGUAUUAGAGACUUGGAGAGUAGAUAAAAAUUAAAUUCGAAGGUCCACUUCUCUAUCGAUAGCAGUUUCUACGCUUUAUGUUUCGAUACAGAAAUGUUAGAUUGCAAAACAGUUGGGGUUUUUUUCUCAAGAUCGGUUUAGUGUAGCGUAAAAGUCUCACUUUGCGAGCGUUUCUCCCCAGUCUCACUCGCCGUUUUCAGCCUCGCUCGAGACCUUUUGUUUGACUGUUCGCGCGUAUGUUUUGCAGUCUAGAGAAAUUUGAAAGAAUGUACAAACCUCAAUGUGGGGCCGGGCAGCAUGUGGAAUUUCCAUAUGUACCUUGGGACAUGACCUCAAAUCAAAGGCGACUCUUGAUGCCUUGAAAGUCGCACACGUGUCUUCUUUCCAUUGCUGUUCUCUGCAGGUUGAUCUUCCAGUGAAUAUGUUGUGAAUGAAAUAACUAUUUAUUGCGGGCGAUCAGACAGUGACAAGAGGAACCCGCGAUCCUUAUCUUCAGGUCGCUUUUACUAUUACUGUCGAUACUCUGACUUUAACCGUCCUCAGACCUGUAGAACAAAUAUAAAAAAUUUUCGAUCCCGUUUCAAGGUCCUAGAAUAUGGAGUUCAUUACCGAACAACAUCAAAAUCGCCGCGACUUUUAAUAUAUUCAAGCGUGUGAUCAAACCAUUUUUAAGGGUCAGACAGGAUGCAACCUAAAUAUCUUAACACUUCAUAUCUAUAUUUUUCUCUAAAACACUUAUAUACUGAAAAUACAUGUCUUUUUCUUUAUUUUGAAAUGCGGCCACAAGUAUUUAAGUUGCGGGUGGGGGAAAAUCUCCAUUCCUCAUAAGCUCGUUAGCUUUUCGGAGAUUUCCCCGCCACAGUCACUCCUUACAAGCUGUGUGCUAAUUUUAAAUUUAAUGUUAAUUAACCUAUUUAUUAUCUUUUUUUAUUCUACUUCGUUUGAUCUUGCACUAAGAUUGAAUGGAAUGUGUAGAAGAAGCAAGACACGCUCAGCACUCCCUAACCUUUGAUUAUUACUAGUUUAUCAUUGAUUGAUUGAUCGAUUGAUUGAUUUUGCGUAAGCAGUUACCGAAAGUAAUUUUUUCCACAGGUGAACCCACCAGCGGGUUUGAAAGAAAUAAAACCAGUGUUGUAACUUUCCGAGUGCCUCACAAUGCAGCGGUGCAGAUAUACGAUUACAAAGAGAAGACAGCCAGGUAACACUGCAGAAUUAUGAAAGAAACAUUUGAUCCAUCUGAGCCAGUUAAUACCUGAACCCCUCUUGUUGUUCCUUUGCAGGGUUGUGUUUGGUCCGGAGCUGGUCAUGCUGUGCCCUGAUGAACAGUUCACCCAGCUGAGUCUGUCAGGAGGAAAACCAAAGAAACCAAAUGUGAUCAAAGCCUUGUGUCUGCUUCUCGGCCCAGACUUCUGUACUGAUAUUGUGACUGUAGAAACCUCUGACCACGCAAGACUGCAGCUUCAGUUGUCCUACAACUGGUAACUUACACUCAGAAACUUACUAAAACUGCUAUGAACAUUUUAGGAGUGAAUAGACACGAUGAGUCGAUCCCAUUUCGCUGUGCACGAAUUUUCAGCACACAGAGUAACCACCCGUAUGGGAUUGCGGGACCCGUCAAAUGUCGUAAAGAGAUUGUAUGUCCCUGUAGUAUCGUUUAUUAUGACAUACAAUGUGGUCAAAAAUUCAAGUGAGAGAUAUUCAGUAACAUCCCCAGUAAUUCUAUGUUCCAUGUUGCACAAGAUCUUCUCAAACUUGUUAAUAAUUCAGUAGGAAAAUACAGAGAAAAUUAAUGUUUAAUGAGUGUUUGGAAAUCAGACGGAAAAACUCCUCAUUUUUGCAUCCUUGGUUUCUUCUUAUAAAAUCAUUUUGUUUGAGAAGUAAUAUCAAGUAUUCCACACAGUGUUUCAUCACCAGAUGAAGUUCGUCAAAAAUACUCCGCUACGCGUCGUAUUUUCAACUCUCUUCUCGGUUUUUCAUCUGGUGAUGGAACACUGCGUCUCAUGCUUGAUAUAUUACUUCCUAACCUUCGAUUUUGUUUAUGAAGCACCCCACUCAAAGCCAAACCUUACAGUACUUUCCUUUAUUGCUAUCAGAUAGUACUUUUUCUAUGUAUUAAAUCAGUCAUUGUGUGCUACAUUUACGCUUCACAUAGUGGUCCCUUAAGCUUCAAACUGUUUGUCUCUCUUGUCACAGGCACUUUGAAGUGGGCGAAAAGAGCACCAAAGAUGCUGCUAAGCUGUUUUCUGUUCCCGAUUUUGUUGGAGAUGCUUGCAAAGCAAUUGCUUCUAGAAUCCGUGGUGCAGUCGCUGGUGUUCAAUUUGACGAUUUCCACAAGGUAAAAAAAUCUUUUCUCCUCGAGAUAUUAUUAACUUAGGUUAUGUUUAAAAUUAAACUGUACCAGAAAGCCGUUCAUGCCGACACGAAUAGGUAUUCGGUAUAGUAUGAACAGCAAUAGUCUGCUACACAGCCGUUUUUAGUGUCGUCACGCAACGCUCCUCCCUACUAGUGGGGAGGAGCGCUGCGUGACGACACUAAAAACGGCUGUGUUGCAGACUAGAACAGCAACGGCACAGAAUUGGAUCAAGUCGUUCACACACGACGAACAACUUGCCGGAACGGUUGGCCGAGAGGGUUUGGUGAACUAAAUCCCAGUCCUCACUCCUGAAUAUUUACUUCCGUCUCAGUGGGUUCCAGCCCUCUUACAUAUUCACUUCCGCUACGGCUCGAUUACCUGGUCAUACUACACAAGAGUGUGGCACAGAACUGAUCAGAUAUGUGACCUUCCACCGACUUUCGAGAUCGACGUGACGCAGCUUCACUCCGUUACAGACAUCGCGCCCAUUCGUGCCGGCGCAAAAGCUAUCCGUUAUUGUGUGAACGUGGCCUUAAAGUAUUAUUAGGUACAGUUCAUACUAAAAAUAUCUUUUUUGUUGUCUACAUUGCAGAAUUCAGCAAAGAUCAUCCGUUCUUCAGUGUUUGGACUCGACGAAAAUCACAAAAUACGUAACAAGUUUACUUUUCCAGCAAACAGUCUGAACAUAACGAGUAUUGACAUCCAGUCUGUAGAACCAGUUGACCAACGUACGAGAGAUGCGCUGCAGAAGUCUGUCCAGUUAGCCAUUGAGAUCACAACGAAUUCGCAAGAAGCUACAGCAAGGUGAGGGCCUUUUGUGAACCAUUCGGGAGUUUAGGAUGUUGCGAUGGUGACGGCGACGAAAAUGUUAACAAGCAAACGAACACUUCUGCGUAUGUCGCACUUCUGAGUAAAUUUCUUUAUCGCCACUGCGCGGCUACAGCGUGUAAUUUCAUGACGCGACCUUUUUAUGGUGGAUGUAAACAAACGACGACGAAUUUGUAUUUCUCGUUUUUCUAGGCAGAGACAGGGGAAAUAGAAGAUACUGAUGAGCAGUUAACCCUGUAAACCCUAAGAUUAAAAUUUGAAUUCUCAUUUGUUGCCCAUAUUCAUUUCCUACUGAAGAGAGGGUGAUAAAAUAUCAAGCAAAUUCGUCUUGUGUGAUCAUGUCCUUAAUUCUCAUGACCACUCUGUUCUACAAAGCAUUGAUAUCCCAAGGAGAAAUUUGAUGCUGAUCACUCUUAGGGCUUAAAGGGUUAAGAAAGGUGGGACAAAGGAGACGAGGACAGAAGACACGGGCUAGGGAGGACAGGGGAGAUAAGGGGAGACAGGGAUGAUAAAUUAGCUCCUAAAGACUUAUUCGUCUCCGACCAUGUAAAAUUUUAAGGUAGGGGAGCUUUCUUCAAAACCUUUUGUUUUCAAUAUUUAUUGUUUAUGUUAUUUCAGACAUGAAGCAGAGCGAUUGGAACAAGAAGCCAAGGGCCGACUUGAGCGACAAAAGAUAACAGACGAGGCUGAAGCGGAACGCGCCAGGAAGGAGCUGUUAGAGUUACAAGCGCAGAGUGCAGCUGUGGAGUCAACAGGACAGGCUAAAGCUGAAGCGCAGUCCCGUGCUGAGGCGGCGAGGAUUGAAGGGGAAGCUGCUGUACAACAGGCCAAGUUAAAAGCCGAAGCUGCUAAGAUUGAAGCUGUAAGUAGCCUUCAACAACAAAAACAACAACUUCAACUUUGUUAGAAAAAUAUUUGCAAAUACAAGUCUAGUCCGCGAGUAGCAUUAGCUAAUCAAGGCGGAACAGUCAGUCAUACUAAAGAAUUACAAUAAAACAAUUGAUAUUAACUAAAUUGCAAAAAGGAAACUUACAUUUAACAUACUUACCUACACCACGUUUUCUUAUCAUUAGUUUCAUUCGAUUAAUUCGAAUCAAGCAGCUUUUAUUUUCUUGUUCCCUAGGAUAUAAGGAAUGAGUGGAGUUUCGUUUUAUGCCUGGGAUCAAGCCUUGUCUCUUGGCUUGUGGUAGGGGGUUUUCCUUCCCUCUCCUCAUCCCCAACAACCGAAUAGAG